ACCCUCACGAAACAGAAACCACCGCAUUCCCGUCUAAAUCCAUCACAAUGGCCGUCGGACGCAGCGCUGCCCUCAAGCUCGACUGGACCAAGCUCGCUACGCAGCUUGGUCUCAAGGGUCAAACCGCCGCCUCCCUCCAAGCCUUCAAGAAGCGCAACGACGAUGCGCGCCGCAAGAUUGCCGUCCUCUCGGAGCAGUCGCAGUCCGUUGACUUCGCCUAUUACCGCAGUGUCCUCAAGAACCAGGCCGUCGUCGACGACAUUGAGAAGCAGUUCAACGCAUUCAAGCCCCAGACGUACGACGUAGGAAGGCAGAUCAAGGCCAUUGAGGCUUUCGAGGCCCAGGCCGUCCAGAGCGCAGAGCAGACCAAGUCCGUCGUCGACAAGGAGUUGAGCGAUCUCCAAAAGACCCUCAAGAACAUCGAGGAGGCCAGGCCAUUCUCUGACCUUACUGUUGACGAGGUUGCCGCUGCCCAGCCCGAGAUUGACAAGCGCACCGAGCAGCUCGUCUCCAAGGGUCGCUGGGCCGUUCCUGGCUACAAGGAGAAGUUUGGCGAUCUGUCCGUCCUCUAAAUAUCUUCUUUCCAUGUAGUCCAAGUGUACCCGAUCUGGGUUGUAUUACCUACGUAUUUGUGAAUAGUUCCAGAGAGUGGAAAUGCAAUCUAGAUUCUGAUCACAUGUAUUGGGACUUAUACACGUGCAUUGCCCCUGUACUGUGCUAAUGACACA